AUGAGGAUCGAGGAGCUUAUCCUGGACGGCUUCAAGUCGUAUCCAGUUCGAACGACCAUCUCUGGUUUUGACGAAUCUUUUAAUGCCAUCACCGGUCUCAAUGGGUCGGGCAAGUCAAACGUUCUGGAUGCGAUCUGUUUUGUUCUCGGUAUCACCAACAUGCAAUCAGUGAGAGCGAAUAACCUGAUGGACCUGAUCUACAAACGAGGACAAGCGGGUGUCACCAAAGCGUCUGUGACUAUCGUAUUCAACAAUCAAGAUCGAUCCAAAUCGCCCCUCGGGUUUGAGAACACUCCUCAAAUAACGGUCACCCGACAGAUCGCUGUCGGCAACAUAUCUAAGUACCUCCUAAACGGCCACAAAUCCACCCUCCAAGCCCUCCAAAACAUGUUCCAAUCCGUUCAGCUCAACAUCAACAAUCCCAAUUUCCUCAUCAUGCAGGGUAAAAUCACAAAAGUGCUCAACAUGAAGCCUGCAGAGAUUCUGGGGAUGGUGGAGGAGGCGGCAGGGACGAGGAUGUUCGAAGAGAGGAAGGAUAAGGCGACGAAGACUAUGACGAAGAAGGAUAAGAAGGUGGAGGAGAUUGAGAGUCUGCUCAAAGAAGAGAUUGACCCGAAAUUGGAAAAGCUGCGUGCCGAAAAGAGAUCUUAUCUCGAAUACCAAAAGGCGACAUCAGAGCUCGAGCGCCUGACCCGACUUGUCAAGGCAUACGAAUGGGUCUUGGCUGUUGAGAAGGCUGAGAAAGCGGCAGACGGUCUCCAGAAAAAGAAGAAGGAUAUUGAGAAUGCGAAGGAAGAUGUCACGCGAGGUGGGAAAGAGUGUCAGGGUAUGGAGAAGGAACUCGCAGAGAUUCACAAGAAACGGGAGAAGGAAAUGGCCAAGGGUGGCAAGAUUCAAGGGCUUGCCGACGCUGUCAACAACCUCGAGCGCGAGCUGGUCAAGAUCAAGACGCAGAUUGAAAUCACCGAGGGCACCAUGAAGGACGACGAGAAGCGUGUAGUGUCUGCGAAGAAGAACGUCGACGACCUCUCAAAGAAUCUCGAAGAACGCCGAGCCGAGACAGCGAAAGAAACUGCCGCGUUCACCCAACUCAAAGACGCCUACGACGCCGGCCAGUCCGAGCUCAACAGUCAAGAAGAGCUGCUCCAGUCUCUUAUCACUGGUCUGUCGUCUUCCAAAACCGACGACGAGAAUGCCGGUGGUUAUCUCGGUCAGCUCGCCGAGGCCAAAGCGCGUCUUGCUACCGCCGGAACUGAAGCCGAGCAGGCCAAGGUCAAGAUCAGCAUGGCGGAGAAAGAGCUGAAGGACAAGGAGCCCCGGGCGAAGAAGGCGGAGAAGGAUGGAUCGGGGCUGAUCAAGGAGCUGGAGACCAAAAGGGUGCAGGUGGAGAAGUUGAAGGAGAUGGUUGGGAAAGCGGGUUGGAAUGAGGAUCAGGAGAGGGAGAUGCUGGAGUCACAAGCCGAGCACCAGUCUCAAAUGGCCGACCUCAUGGAGAAACGAGACAUGCUCAAAUCCCGACUUGCCGCUAUCGACUUUACCUACUCUGAUCCCGAGCCAAACUUUGACCGGGGAAAGGUCAAGGGUCUUGUUGCCAACCUUGUCGACCUUGACGAGGACAACUUCAAGAACUCUACGGCUCUUGAGAUCUGUGCCGGUGGUAAGCUCUUCAAUGUCGUCGUGCACGACGAGAAGGUGGGCUCGAAGUUGCUCAAGAAUGGUAAUCUGAAGAAGCGAGUCACCAUCAUCCCUCUCAACAAGAUUGACUCCACCAGGAUCGCUGCCGAGAAACUGGCUGCUGCCCACAAAGUCGCCCCGGGCAAAGUCAACCUCGCCCUCGACCUCGUCGGCUACCCGAAAGACGUCUCAUCCGCCAUGGCCUACGUCUUCGGUCGUACAUUCAUCUGCGCCGACAAGCGCACGGCCGAAGCCAUCACUUUCGACAAAUCCAUCGGCGUCAAGAGUGUCACCACCGAAGGCGACGUUUACGACCCUUCUGGUACGUUAUCUGGUGGAUCAGCGCCGAGCAGUGGAGGUAUCUUGGUCAAGGUGCAAGAGCUCAAGGCUAUCGAGAAGGAGAUUGGGGUCCAUCGACGGGCGAUUGAUGAGAUCAGGGGAACGCUGCAAGGUGCAAAGAAGGUGAUUGACCAAUGGAGGAAGGACAAGAAGGAUUUGGAGUUGAGGGAGCACGAAGUGAGACUUUUGGAAGAGCAAGUCAGUGGAAGUAACGCUACGAAGAUCAUCGCCGAAGUCGAAGCAGCUCGUAAAUCACUUGUCGACUUUAAGGAGAUCAUCAACCAGGCCAAAGAGAAGCAAAAACAAGCUUCCGCGGACUGCAAACGUCUUGAGAAGGAGAUGGUUGAUUUCAGAGACAACAAGGACUCAAAGCUGAAGGAGAUCAAGACGAGGAUUGCAGAGAUGAAGAAGGAGUUGAGCAAAAAGACAACGCAGGUCAAGUUGGGGCAGAAGGAGGUGCAGACGGCCGAGCUGGAGUUUCAACAAUUGGAGAGCGAUAUCGCGAGUGCAAAGGCGGAGAUUGAGGAAGCCCAGUCUGCCAAGGAAAAGUCAAAGGCCGAGUACAAGGCUCUCGAAGCCAGUUUGAAGGAAUCACAGGCCGAUCACAAAGCAGCUGAAGCCAAAUUGAAAUCAGAACGCGCCGUCCUUGUCGCUUUCGACACCGACCUCGCCGACCUGGAGCGUGAUCUCAAAGCCAAAAAGCAAGAGAUUGUUGAUGCCGAGCUGGAGUUGAAGAAACUUGAGCACGAUCUGGGCUUGGUGGUGAAGGAGAAGUCAAGUGCCGAGGGACAUAAGGAUAACCUCGAGAGGCAAUUCACAUGGAUCACCGAGGAGAACCAGUUCUUUGGCAAGGCUGGGACACCAUACGACUUCCAGGGGGUCAAUCUGGCCCAGGCGAGAGAGCAGUGCAAGGAGCUGGAGUCGCAGCACAAGGGUAUGGGCAAGAAGAUCAAUACGAAGGUCAUGAACAUGAUCGACAGUGUCGAGAAGAAGGAACAGGCUUUGAAGAAGAUGAUGGCGACCGUCUUGAAGGACAAGGGGAUGAUCCAAGAUACCAUCGAGGAGCUUGACCGAUACAAGCGUGACGCCCUCACCAAGACAUGGGAAAAGGUCAAUGGUGAUUUUGGUCUGAUCUUUGCGGAGCUCCUCCCUGGAAAUUUUGCCAAACUUCAGCCACCAGAGGGACAAGACCUUACGCAAGGUCUCGAGGUCAAGGUCCGGCUGGGGCCUGUGUGGAAAGCGAGUCUGACGGAACUGAGUGGUGGUCAAAGAUCUCUUAUCGCCCUCUCACUCAUCAUGUCUCUGCUUCAAUUCAAGCCCGCGCCCAUGUACAUUCUCGACGAGAUUGACGCCGCUCUGGAUUUACAACACACGCAACAUAUUGGUCAACUUUUCAGAAACCGUUUCAAGGGCUCGCAAUUCAUUGUGGUGUCGCUGAAAGAAGGAUUGUUUACAAAUGCCAAUGUGUUGUUUAGAGCGAGGUUCAGGGAUGGUACGAGUAUCGUUGAGCGGACAGAGAGGCGUACAGGAGGUGCCGGGCAUGCCUAA